AGAAAGCCCAAUGUCAUAUAUACUAGGAUUUUUAUUCAUAUUCACACUUUAAGCUUGAGUGAGGGAAAAAGGGAGGAGCGGCAGCAACAGAAACCCUAGAAUCAGAAAACAUGCCUGCCGGUCAUGGUUUGCGAUCACGUACCAGGGAUUCCUUCUCUCGUCCCUUCCGCAAGAAGGGAACAAUAGCUCUUGCCACAUACCUCAGGACUUAUCACAUCGGUGACUAUGUUGACAUCAGGGUUAACGGUGCUGUUCAUAAGGGUAUGCCGCACAAAUUCUACCAUGGCCGUACCGGUCGCGUCUGGAACGUUACCAAGCGUGCCAUUGGUGUCGAAGUCAACAAGCAGGUGAGGAACAAGAUCUUGAGAAAGAGGAUUCAUGUUCGAGUGGAGCAUGUUAUGCCCUCCAGAUGCACCGAGGAAUUCAAAUUGAGGAAGAUCCAGAAUGAUAAAUUGAAGGCUGAGGCUAAGGCCAAGGGAGAGGUUAUCAGCACCAAGCGCAAACCUGAGGGCCCCAAACCUGGUUUCAAGGUGGAAGGUGCUACACUGGAGACUGUUACUCCAAUACCAUAUGAUGUUGUUAACGAUCUCAAAGGAGGAUAUUAGAAGUUUAUUGGCAUUUUGUUUGACUGCGCUUUGUUGUGCCUGAACAUUUAUGAAACAUCAGACUAUGGGCCUGGGCCUGGGCCUGUUUGAAUUGAUUUCCAAAAACUGUAUUUUAGUUCUCAAAAAUUAUAAAACUAAAAAUUUGUUUGAUAA